AUGUCUUAUUGGCGGUGUCUGGAUACUAGCCCAGAUGAGUUGAGGCUGGACACUACCCUCAAAUGUGGUCAAGCGUUCCGUUGGAGACUCUCAGGACCCGACGAAUGGUCAUGCGCAUUCAAAGGAAAAUUGAUAUCAAUACGCCAAACAGAAACAAGUGUAGAAUACAGGUCAUACCCAACUACAACAACGGACAUUGGACUCUUCCUCAGAGAAUACUUCCAAUUACACAUCAAUCUCUCCGAUUGCUACAAACGAUGGAGCAAAGCUGAUAAACACUUUGCAAAGAUUGCCGGGGGGUUUAGGGGUAUCAGAAUUCUUAAGCAGGACCCAGUGGAAAAUUUAUUUUGUUUUAUAUGUUCGCAGAACAACAAUAUCAAACGGAUCGAACAAAUGGUAAGAGAAGAUAGGAAAGGGUGGGUUUCGUGGAUGGAAUUGGAUGAGAUUAUUAAAAAUCUAUGUGACCAUCUUACGUCGACAUCAACCUAUCAAUCUAACAUUGCCUUGUACUUUUUUCGCUCACCUCUCAACGUUCUAUUCGCAAAGACUUCUACCCUCUGCGAAAGAUAUGGGAAACCAAUUCACACUCACAAUUCGCAUACGUACUAUGACUUUCCCCUCCUCUCUUCACUCUCCCACGCGUCUUUAGAAAGCGAGCUAAGAGAUUUGGGUUUCGGAUAUAGAGCAAAGUACAUCGCAGAGACAGCCAAACUUUUGGAAAAAAGAGGAGAGGAUUGGCUGACGGGAUUGAGGACGUGUGGAUAUGAAGAGGCUAAAGAACUUUUGACUCAGCUAUCGGGGGUUGGCCCUAAAGUCGCGGAUUGUGUGCUUCUAAUGUCCCUCGACAAACCAAAUGCAAUACCGAUAGACACUCAUGUCUGGCAAAUUGCAAAGCGAUCAUAUGGUUUCUCAUCAUCUGCUUCAUCAAAGACGCUUACACCGCGGAUGUAUACGGAGAUAGCAGAGUACUUUAGACGAUUGUUUGGAGAGUAUAGCGGAUGGGCACAUUCUGUGUUGUUUACGGCUGAUUUGAAGGCAUUCGAGAAUAGACAGGAUGUUGAUAAGGCUCUGAAUGGAAUGACAAAAUCGAAAAAGAAGAAGAGAAAAGCGGAUAGUCAAAAAAUAGACAAGGAUAUUGAAAAGAUUAGCCGAGAUUUCGAGAAUCUUGAAAAAACCAGCGCGAAUGCAAAUAGUGGAUCUAGUGAAAUCAUCGAUGCUAGUGAUAGUAUAAAUGCUGAUAAAGCGUUGAGACGCAGCCGUAGAUUGAGAGUGCAAUAA